UUGUGUGCGUACCCCCCCCUGCGCAAUGCGCUCAUCCAGCUGCAGACUGUCAUGGCGCUGCCCUGUGUCCGACUCAGUGGUGUGUGGAGCAGACCGAGGUUGCUGAGCAGGUAUCUGUAUGGGAACGUUAGACAUCAGGCUUCUGCAGCUGUGAGUGCGGAUAAUGAAGAAAUUGUCAUUCCAAGGAAAAAAAGCUGGAGCAAAACAGCCAUUCUACAGGCUCUUGCGCACACAGUGAACCAUGACCCUACAGCUGCUCAUUACAGGUUCCAGGAUGAUCCGUACCUUAUACCGAGAACCUCUUCAGAAUUUCGUUUAUAUUCGUUAUCGAAGGAGUCUGGGAAAAAUGCAGCAAAGUACGUAUUCAAUACCUACCCAAAGUUAUUUGAGAACGACGUAGCAGAGCCGCACAUUCCAUGUCUGAUGCCAGAAUAUUUGCAACCCCAAAUUGAAGGAGUUAGUGAAGAAGCCCUUAAUGAGCGUAUUCGCCUUCGGAGAGUUAAAGAUUCUGUUGACUUAUUUGACCAACUUCUCCAAGGAGGAGCACCACCAUCAAUAGAAACCACAAACCGGCUCCUCGAUCUUUUAUGCUUUUAUGGGGAUCGGGAACCUGCUCGGGAGGGUCAGGUAGAGCAGAGAGAAGAUGAGAAUGACAAUGUAGAGGAGGCAAAAAAACAAACUUUUUCUUUCAGAAAAACUUCUGAUAACAUUUCUACUUGGAGAGAGAAUAAUAAUGCAGAGAGAAUCUUCAACCUGAUGCCAGAAAGGAAUGCACAUUCUUUUUGCACAAUGAUUAGAGGGAUGGUGAAGCAUGGAUCCCCCAGUAAGGCCUUCAACAUGUACACAGACCUCCUCAACGGCCGGAUGAGUGCGGAUGUAUACACGUUCAAUGCUUUGAUAUUGGCGGCACCAGAGAUAAAAGAGAAGUACAAUGAGAAGUGGGAUCUUAUUGCGGAGUUACUGAAGCAUAUGGUGGAACAAAAAGUCAGGCCGAAUCUGCUAACCUUCAACAGUGUCUUGAAAAGUUUGCGGAAAUGUGGAAUGUUGGCCAGGGGACUCGCUUUGCAGACUUUAAAUGAGAUGAAAGCUCUUGGCAUAGAACCAAGUCUUGCAUCCUUUAACCACAUCUUAGGAGUAUUCUACAAAACGGCUUCAUCAUCAAGAGGACAAACUGAAAUCCUAGCUGAAGUUUUGGAUGAACUCGAGGGGAAGAGUUUUACGGCACAAGACCCAGAUGAUAUGUUCUUUUUUGCCAGUGCAAUGAGAGUGUGCCUGGAUCAGAAAGACAUUGAACUAGCAUAUAGGGUGCAUGCCCUUCUACAAACUGGGGACAAUUGGCGACUGAUGGGAGAUCCUUAUCUGCAAAGCACUUACUAUGGCAGGUUCUUCAAUCUCCUGUGUAUGAUGGAGAACAUUGAUACCAUCUUGAAGUGGUACAGAGAACUUAUUCCUUCUUUAUAUUACCCUAACUCCAGAGGCAUGAUGGACCUUCUGCAAGCAUUAGACAUGGACAGCCGGUUAGACCUUAUUCCUCAGAUUUGGAAAGAUAUCAAACAGAUUGGUCACAGUAACAAAGUUGAGCUAGUGGAGGAGGUUCUCAACAUAAUGACCAGGGAUAAGCAGGCUCCAGAGGUUCAGGCUGCCUUUGCUGACACUGCUGUGGACAUAAAAUCUUUAUAUGAAAUGAAAGACCGAAUGCGUAUUCCGUUAGAGUGGACUUCUGGUUCUCUGGGCAAUGUUUGUAUACUGCUGUCACGGGCUGGGAGAGCUGAAGAGGCCUGGAAAAUGCUGAAGUCUUUCAAAAGCAACAACCGAGUCCCUAGCCCAGCCGUAAUAGAGGUGUUCUUAACCAGUGCAAAAACUUGUGGCAGCAGCAAUCUGGCUGUGGAUCUGGUGCAGCUUGCAGCCUCCUUCAGCUUGCAGAACACUGCGGAGCUUGCCAAGCGUGUCAUGGAAGAGUUCAGUCUUUCAGAAGAGCAACGGAUAAACCUGGAAGACCUUCAAACACAAAGCAGCACUAGCAGCAGCAGCAGUGAGAGCAGCGACAGUGAUCGGGAAUGAGGAGGAGCUGUUUUUGUCUUUGCCCUAAAUAUACUGAAAGCACUAGAGGCUGGAGAGGACUGUACUCUUCCUGAUCUGAAGAGCUUUAAUGCCAAAAAACAAGAUUGUGGCAUGAAUGGGCUUCUAUAAGUUCCUGAUCUGCUUGCAAGACCAAAAAAAAAUUGCUGUUUGGCAGCACAUAUGCAGACAUCUGUGUUUCUGUAAAUGUUUAUUUGGCAGUGAGAAAACAUGCCAGUGGUUUUGUGUUCUCGUUUAUAAUAGUCUAUAAACACAAUAAAUUAUUUCAUUGUUUAAUUUGUGGUUCCUCAGCCUACUGUACAAUACGUCAUUAAAGACUGGUCAAAUAUA